AUGUCUAAAGGAAAAGUUUUAUUAGUUUUAUAUAGGGGAAAUGAACAUGCCAAGCAAGAAAAGAAGUUGUUGGGAUGUUUGGAAAAUGAGUUAGGGAUCAGGGAAUUCAUUGAAUCAAAUGGAUACGAACUUGUUGCUACCGAUGAUAAAGACUCAGGCCUCUCGUCCCAGGUCGAUCAGGAAUUGAAAGAUACAGAAAUCAUUAUCACCACGCCAUUUUUCCCGGCCUAUAUCACCAAAGAAAGAAUUGCUAACGCUCCCAAAUUGAAAAUGUGUAUCACGGCGGGUGUGGGUUCCGACCACAUUGAUUUGAACGCAGCCAACGAAAAGAAGAUCGCUGUAACUGAAGUUACUGGUUCUAAUGUGGUUUCAGUUGCAGAGCACGUUCUCAUGACCAUGCUAGUUUUGGUUAGAAACUUUGUUCCUGCUCAUGAACAAGUCAAGAAAGGUGAAUGGGACAUUGCAGGAGCUGCGAAAGAUGAGUAUGAUUUGGAAGAUAAGGUGAUUGCAACAGUUGGUGCAGGUAGAAUUGGUUAUAGGGUGUUGGAAAGACUCAUUGCCUUCAAUCCAAAGAAAUUGUUAUACUACGACUAUCAAGACUUACCAAAAGAUGCAAUUGAUAAGUUGAACCAGGCUUCUAAAUUAUUCAAUGGUAGGGACAACAUCGUAGAAAGAGUUGAAAGCUUAGAAGACAUGGUUGGCCAAGCAGACGUAGUCACCAUUAACUGUCCAUUGCAUGAAAAGUCUAAGGGUUUGUUCAACAAGGAUUUGAUUUCUAAGAUGAAAGAUGGUGCUUGGUUAGUUAAUACUGCCCGUGGUGCCAUUUGUGUUGCAGAAGAUGUUGCUGCAGCAGUCAAGAGUGGAAAAUUACGUGGUUACGGUGGUGAUGUUUGGUAUCCUCAACCAGCACCAAAAGACCACCCUUGGAGAGAAAUGCAAAACAAGUAUAAUGCUGGUAAUGCAAUGACUCCUCACGUCAGUGGUACUUCCUUGGAUGCGCAAGCAAGAUAUGCUAACGGGGUUAAGAGUAUCUUAAACAGUUAUUUCACUGGUAAGCGUGACUAUAGACCCCAGGAUGUUAUUGUUAUCGAUGGUGACUACGCAACGAAGGCCUAUGGUCAAAGAAAUAAGAAAUAA